AUGAAAGGGAUCACGUUUUUGGAUACGAAGACUAUGUGGGACCUCAAAAUAAAUAUGUCUAACGUUUCAAUUGACAUAUCAAAGAUUAAAGAACUUACAAUUACCAAGACACUUGUUAGCUACCUGAAGUUUCUGAUUAAAGAUGAAUUAUGUACUCACGAUUCCUCCGAUGCCAGUGUACAAGCUAAGCGUGAGGCAAAGCGCGAGGUGCUUGAGAGCGUCUUUGAGCUUCCACGACGCGCCCGCUCCGCCCCCGAGGAGCACUUGGCCGUCCGGCUCCAUCGGCCACACUCCACUAUAAAAAUAGUCCGCGGCGGUGGGGCGUAG